CUCCCUCCCUCCCUCUCUCAGAAAGCGUACUGCGGCCACUGCAGUGAAAGGAUAUGGGGCCUCGGGAGGCAGGGCUACAAGUGUAUCAACUGCAAACUGCUGGUUCAUAAGCGUUGUCACAAACUCGUCCCUCUGACCUGUCAAAGGCAUAUGGAUCCAGUCAUGCCCUCCAAGGACCCCGUGGCUGACGAGCGGAGCGAAGAAAUAGGGCGCCCCCCAGAGGACUCUGAGGACGCUGACGGAAUGUUUUUGCCACACAACCGGAAAGUGGACCAGACUGAGGACGACUCUGAGGAGCUGAAGGCUGUGGUGGACGGUAUUGACGGUGUGAAGAUCUCAGAGGGUCUGGGUCUGGGAGACUUCGACAUGAUCCGGGUGAUCGGGCGCGGGUCCUACGCCAAAGUGCUGCUGGUACGCCUCAAGAAGAACGACCAGAUCUACGCUAUGAAGGUGGUCAAGAAGGAGCUGGUCCACGAUGACGAGAAAAAGCGCAGAGACAAGGACAUAGACUGGGUUCAGACAGAGAAGCACGUGUUUAAGCAGGCCUCCACUAACCCCUUCCUGGUUGGGCUCCACUCUUGUUUUCAGACCGAGAGCCGGUUAUUCUUGGUGAUUGAGUAUGUUAAUGGCGGAGACCUCAUGUUCCAUAUGCAGAGACAGAGGAAACUUCCAGAAGAACAUGCAAGGUAAACAUACACACACACACACAUUGUCAUUUUCUCAUGGUCACACACCUUUUUCCAGGUAUCCUGAAAAAAC